AUGGCUCGUACCAAGCAAACCGCUCGUAAAUCCACUGGAGGAAAGGCCCCUCGCAAGCAGCUGGCCACCAAGGUAUUUAUUUUUUUUUAUCACUCGUAACGUCCCGCAACCGGUUGCCUUAAGCGGUCGUUUUUUUUUUUUGAAUGGUCAGUCAGCUAUAUUUAUUGUGUUUAGGCUGCCCGCAAGUCAGCCCCGGCUACAGGCGGAGUCAAGAAGCCCCACAGAUACCGUCCUGGAACUGUCGCUCUCCGAGAGAUCCGACGCUACCAGAAAUCUACGGAGCUUUUGAUUCGCAAGCUGCCGUUCCAACGCCUUGUCCGCGAGAUCGCUCAGGACUUCAAGACUGACCUUCGCUUCCAGUCAUCGGCAGUGAUGGCUCUCCAAGAAGCCGCUGAGGCGUACCUCGUUGGUCUUUUCGAAGACACCAACCUGUGCGCCAUCCACGCCAAGCGAGUCACCAUCAUGCCCAAGGACAUCCAGUUGGCUCGACGCAUCCGAGGAGAACGAGCUUAA